AUGGAUGCUCUCGCCUCUAGUGUGGAGGUUGCUGCUCAGGCUGUUAAUGUUCGCGCCGAGUUGAAAGUUUGGGAGAAAGCGUUCGCUUCAUCUAAUGGUGGCAAGAAGGCUGGACGUGAUGAUAUCAAACAAAACGCGGAAAUCGCCGCGAAAUACAAAGAAUAUGGUCGCCUUAAGGCUCUCGAGUCAUCUCUGAGCCGACGUGAAAACCGCGCACAUGAGACAUCCGACAGUCACACCAAAAAGCGGAAGCAUGCAUCACCCCCAGGUCAAGACGCAUAUCAACAAUCCACACCGCGCAAAUCUUCUAAGGGCCUUUUUGCGACUCCUUCCAACAAUCGCACUAGGAACCAUCCCGCACAAGUCGAUCCGUACGACUCGCCAUCAACCCUUCGCAGGCUCUUCAGCCCUACUACGCACAAACAAGCACAACCUGCACCAUCGCCUUUGAAGGCUGCGAUUGGACCAACUCCGCAGCGCGAUGGGAAGACUUUAGGAUUGUUCGACAUGCUUUCUGAAUCCGGGGGAAGUCGCGACACACCUGCUGCGAAGAGACAAACCAACAACCUAGCUGCGGCGUUCCGAACUCCCUCCAAGAGGAGGCCUGUGGAAUCCAUUCCCGAGAUCCCAGAAGAAGAGCCAGGACAGGAAACCCCUAGGCUUGCACGAACGCCCGCAUCCGAGACGAAGCAGUUCUAUCUUGCAAAUCUAUUCGCGACACCUACAACAAUGCGAUAUGCGGCCAUGGUUGAAGCAGAAGAUAACGAGGAGGCACAAAAGCACGAGACCCAGGGUGGGCCUCAGAUCUCCCCGCCGAUGGCUCAGUCGGGGACGCCAUCUUUUCUACGUCGCUCCAAUUCCGGUCGUUACCCUCCACCCAGUGCAAGGCCUGGUGGCUCCGGACUCAGUCCCAUGGUUUCACGCAAACCGCAACAAUUCGCUAGCAAAGGAUUAUCACAUUUGGUUCAAGGCCUGCGGGAUAUGGAAGAGGAUCGUAUGGAUGACGACUGGGAUGUGAUGCGUGAGAUGGAGGAAGAGGCGGAAGCAGAAGAAGCCUCCAAAAUCCAAGUCGAGGAUAGUCAAAACCCAGAUGUGAACCGCAAGUACAAGAAGAAGGGCCAAAAGCGGACGACUCGAAAAGUGAUUAUGAGGCCGGUUUUCCAUCAACCUAAGCCAAAAGCAACCACACCCGAUGUGGAAGACUCGGGAAGCGAUGAUGAGCUCGCUGCAGUUCCAGAGACGCAACACGCACCAGCUGCCGAUGAUGGAUGGGACGAUGUUCCGAGUGAUAUUGAGCGUGCGGAAGACGCCCACACCAUGUCGGAUCCCGAACUUGAUACCGAGGCAGAAUUCGAUGGGGACUCGGAUGAUGAUCCUGAGUUCGGGGGCAAUUCUAAGCCUGCUGCCAAACCGAAAAGCUUCUCGGAGAGGAUCAAGGAAGCCGUUUCAUUGUCUGCUGCGUCUGCUGCAAAACCAAAGGAGCAAGCACCUCUGGGUAAACCCCCCAAGACUGCAGAGGCUACAGAGAAGAAGCCUCCUGCUCGGAAGGUAAACCCUCUGACCCAUGCGAAUUAUCGGUCAUUGAGUAUCAACAGGGGAGGUGGUUCUUCUCGGGGCAGAGGGGGACGCUUUCGUCGGAGAUAA